UGUUCAUCCACGAGCCGGUACGCGAUCGUGUGACAUCGAUCAACGAGGAUCGGCGCGAGUGUUUACCCGUGGCCAUGUGUGUUUACAUUUUUUACGAAGCAUCAGUCGAGUGUCGGCAGGCGCAGUAACGAAAAUCGUGAACACAGGGACGUUCCGGCAUUUCGUAUUCGUGUACCAUUGUAUCGAGACUCCAAACGAAUCAGCAUGAACAGAUUGUGCUGUAUCGGCUACUCUUUAGCCGCGAGGAUCAGUGGCACCUACACCAUGUCUGUCUCGAUACUUAUGGUUAACGUGCUGAUGAGCAACUAUUUCUCAAGACUGACGGACGCCAGUUUCUUCGAUUCUAUUCAGAAUUGGGCCCUAUUGGGCUUGAAUUGGAUGCGAGUCCUGAGGGAUUUGCAGAUCGAAAGGAAAGCGGAAACGGCCUUGGUGUUUCUUCUCUUGUACGCGAUAUCUUCCUUACUGGCCAGCGCGUAUCUCGCUUUAGGAUCAAUCGCCAGGAGACCCAAGUGCGCCGUGCCUUGGAUGUAUUUGCAAAUGAUUAGCAUAAUAGAUCAGUCUGUGGCGCUGACUAUUCAUCUGACGCACGGGCCGCAAUACGAUGUUUACGAUAAAUCAAUGUGGUACAUUCCAGUGUCCAGCGUUCAUCUACUGUUGAGCGCGUACGUCUGGAUGGUCGUGCAAGCUGCUCGAAAGGAAUGGUCGGACGAGCAGCAGCAACAGCAGUCGCACCUGGAUUGCAACAAUUUCGAUAUGAGGGAAGCCACAUCCCCGACACAGCCGAACGACGGCAACGGGCCGAAGACGCCGUCAUUCCUCUCGCAGAACUUCGCGAUGUUCAAUUCACCGAGGCCAGCCACGAUUCUACCGAAAUAACAACCGUCACCGUACUCGUUAAUUCGACAAGAAACUGGUGUAGACUCGCGGCUGCGCUUUUGCGUGUGUACGUGUGUUUAUGCGCGGCGAGCUAAUUGCCUAGGUAAAUAUCCCUCGUGCGCGUAUAAUUUAGGUGUAUUUACCGUUUAGCAAAUUUAUUUAUAGUUCUCAGGCUCCUCUCCUGUCUCGUUUUUCUUUUUCUUUUUUUAAACGUCAGCCAAUAUCGACCGAUUAAAUGGAUAUACGAAGUUCGUCGCGCGCUGUAUUCCGCUCGCGGUUCACAGAGACCCACCCCGCUCCGUCGCUGGGAAAGAUUCGAACCUUAAAUCCGCAUAAUAACCAUUGAUCACCGACGGACUAAUGGAACGUGCGCGGAGAACGGGCGAACUACCAGAACACGAUGAAUCUCGGCCCCCGUUACGGGGAAAAUGUAUAAUAACGCGGGCAACUCGAUAAAUCAGCCACGGGGAUGCGACUAAUAGAGUGUAUCAAAUGCGACCACGGCGUAGGAGCGUGGCUGCAUAGAAAAUAUGAGAAAUGGCCGCGUUUUACGUCGAAAUACUUUUAAACUUCCGGGAUUCGAAUCGCGCGCAAGCAUAUUCCCUAUACGGGGGACCGUCGUCUCACUGGAUGGAGGUCGAUUUGUCCGAGAAUGGUCGGAACUUUUCGCGAAACUCUCGGGAAUAAUGAUCGAGCGCACAAUGGCCGAUAGAAAAAGUACCCCCUCCCCCAUUUUCCUCUUGCCACGAUUUAUUUGAGGCGUUUCACCGCGUUGGCCCCCGUGCGCGAUCAUUCGCGUACCCAAAGAAAAUUUCGAACCGCGACUUCCGGUCUAUGUAAUGCAUCUCGCCGUCCGAUCCCGCGAGUUCUUUGUAUUUUUUUAUCGAAAAUGUGUAGCGAUAAUUGCAAACACUCGAGUAACCUGAUAGAAGUACGAAUCUUCCUCGAUCGGUUGACCCGGUGAUGAAUCGUACGUUCGUCUCCCUCGUUUGAUUCACCUAGACGUAAAUGUAAAUACUGAUCUGUGUGUAUGUAUGUAUGUAUGUAUGUAAAAAUGUUGCCGGUCCGCGGUCACCAACAACUGAUGUUACUUCUGCGGUACAAAAUUGACGCUCGCAAAAAAAGUUCCGUAAGCUCUCCGCUGAACGAUACGGCUGUGAACAUGAAGGACAGACACGGAGGGGGCGGGAGAAGAGGGGGUACGCGACGUGGUUGGUUGGUGGUGCUUUUAAAAAGAACUGAGCGAGCCAAUUUGUAGGCUGUCGCAAACUUUUAAAACACUAGUUGACAGCCGCCCCGCCUACGUCGCGGCCCGUGCACCCUCUCUCGACGUUCGUCCAACCACCCUGAAGGAUUCCGACCAGCCAUCGAACGUCUCUCUCUCGUCCUACGGCCAGAGCACACCACCCAGUCGACGCAGACGUCGACGAGGACGAUAGCUCACCCCUCCGUGUCGUGGAAGCCGAUGGAUUGUAAAAUAAAACUAACUUGGCUCUUUCGUGGCUCGAGAACGGAGUACCGGCGGAAAUCUUAUUCCCUCGGGUCUCUUUUAUUUUCCGCGUACCCCUUUUUUUUCUCUCUCUCUCUCUCUCUCUUUCUCUCAAAACCGUCCGAGCGCAAUCACGAUAAAGAGACGGAUAGGCUGAAGGGGGAGAGAGAAAAAUAGAAAGAGUCAUGUUCCCUCGGACGAAAUGAGAAAGUUUUCGGUUCGACUUGAUACUUACCGAAAAUUGUAUUCGUGGUUGUUAGAUUUUUAAGAUGAUUUCGUGUAAGUUUUACGAGAACCCCGUGGAUUUACGAUUAUCCCUUGAAUAAACGGAAACUUGAGCUCA